CUCAAUUCCAAUCUAUCUAAGUCAAGGUUCCAUUGGAUGCAUAUAUGGAGUUUGUAUUCUCUGAGAGGGAAGAUGCCGGAACUUUUGACAACAAAGGCGGUAUGGAUUAUCGAAUACCUGUUUUUGGAGGAAUUGUGCAAGAGCCACCAAUGAACAUUGUGCAUAUUGCUGUUGAGAUGGGGCCUACUGUAAAGGUGAAGGAUAUUCAUUACCAAAGAGGCUAUUCUUGGGGUGGCACUGAAGUUAAAGUUUGGUUUGGAAAAGUGGAAGGCCUUUCAGUUUAUUUUGUGGAGCCAGAAAACGGAUUCUUUUGGACAGGUUGUGUUUGUGGUUGCAGAAAAGAUGCAGAAAGGUUUGGUUUCUUUUGUCAUGCUGCUCUCGAAUUUCUACACCAAGGUGGAUUUCACCCUGUUUCAGAUCAUCGAAUUCAUUGGGAUUACUAUGUGCCAAUAACUAAAGAAAUAUGGAACCUUUGAGGAUGAUGCUAUUGCAUUAUUGAUGAUAAUUGGUAAUUUGAUAACUUUUUGAUGUUUUGGUAGUUUUGGUAAUUGUAAUGGGAUUGGUAUCAGGAUGCAAUUUGCCUUUGAUGGUUACCUGAUGAUCUUAAUAGCUUGUAAACAUUGACAUUGCUAGUGAAUUUUGCUGAUUUUAAUACUUAUGAAUCAUGAUAUUUACUGAUAUAAAAUUUGUGAGGUCUCUGUCUGAGUUUAACCAUGUUUGAAUACUUCAAGUGUGAUGCACAUGUCAGUUAAUUAUUAUUCUGUAAUCAGGAAAGCAAAAUUUGGGAAAUAAAUAAUCUAAAAAUGUUCUUUUGCCAGAAAUUGCAAAAGUGACUUGCAGACUUUCAUUUCUCAUACCUGUGUUCUCUAUUAAUUGGUAUGAA